AAAAAGCAACUGCGUUUUGGAGAAGGACGGUACCUGAAGAUCUCGCUCUCUGUGCUCCACUGAAGGCUGUUGUGAACAGUUUUCCAACUUUGCUGCUUUUAAAAUUUAAACAGCAGCUUUGUUAGUUGUGAGGAAGUUUGCAGUGGUCCUUGCUAGAACUGCUUUUAAGCUGUGUUAAAUUUGUGUCAGGAGUGUCAGGCAUUUCAUACUUGGCUUCCAAAAAAGAAAAAAGAAAGAAACUCAAGAGAGAGAGAAAAGACCCAACAUGUGUGUGGAAGAAAUCUCCCAGGAAUUUCUUCAAGGUUGUAGUCAGACACAGUAAGGGCUAAAGUGACAAGAAAAGCAAGGCAAAGAUAAAACUCGCUAUUGUGAUAAAAUGUCUGAGUGUAAAGUGGGAGAUUGCAGAAACCUUUUGGGAUUACGCAUGCUCAUCUUGCCCUGGAUAUGACUGAAUACAAGCUAGUUUUUCUCUAGUGACAGUUCAAAAAAACCUCAAGAUUAUGUUUCUCUUCCUUGUUGCUUUUUUGUCAGUGGUUUUUAAAAUUGGUUUUGUCAGUCUCUCACCUCUGCAGCACUGGAACUGUCCUAAUGGAUACAGAUUGAAGACUGAAAACUCUGCUUGUAUAGAUAUUGAUGAAUGCCUUGAAGGUGGUGUGGGAACCUGUGGCCAAACCUGUAUCAAUGUGCCAGGGUCCUACAUCUGCUCCUGUUUGCCUGGCUACAAUUUGGACAUUGACAAAAGGUCUUGUUAUGUGAAUGACCCUGCACCAUUCCUACUUUUUAGCCAUGGAAAUGCCAUCUUUAGAAUUGACACUGAAGGGACCAAUCAUGAAAGAUUGGUGGCUGAUACGGGUCAGUCAACCCUUACGGAUUAUCAUUAUACAGAAGAGAAAGUGUAUUGGGUAGACUCUGAAAGGCGACUACUUCAAAGAAUUCACCUGAAUGGCACAAAACAAGAGAGGCUAUGCUACAUAGACAAAGGCAUUUCAGGUUUUGCUAUUGACUGGAUAAAUCAAGACAUUUUCUGGGCCAAUAGACAGAAAGCAACCAUAGAAGCAACAGACAUGAAUGGAAAGAAAAGACGAGUUCUUCUAAGAGGUAUUGGUCGUCCCACAAGGAUUACCAUUGAUGCUGAGCAAAGGCUAUUAUUUUGGUCUUCAGACGGUACUGUUUCAAGCAUACACCGACUGUCUCUCAGUGGAAGUGAUGUGAAAAAUGUUUUAAGAACCACAGAAAAAAUAAAGACGAUCUCACUAGAUCUGGUUGACAGAAGGCUCUACUGGAUCCAACACGACCAUGGGAAAGACAUUUCCCAUAUUGGAUCAUGCAACUAUGAUGGCGAAGCUGUUCGUUUGCUCAAAAACUCUGUCAGACAUCAAUUGCUUGGUAUGUCUCUCUUUGCUGAGCACCUGUACUAUUCAGAGUUGAAAUCUGGUAUGAUAUGGAGAGCCAACAAGUAUACUGGAAAAGUUGUAGUUACAAUUAGCCUAAAGCCAUCAUUUUUUCCACCGGUGGAGAUAAAAGUGGUACAUCCAUUUAAACAGCCAGGUGCAAGAACAGAUUCUCAGGAUUUUGAAAAAGGAACCUGUGAUUUGAACAAAGAAAAGUGCAGAAGAAGAAUCUGCAGGCCAGACUCAAGGACUCAUCGGUGUAAAUGUUCAAGUGGCUUUAUUUUAAGUCGAAAUAAACAGUUUUGUGAAGAUAUCAAUGAAUGUGGCUUCUGGAAUCACGGCUGUACUUUGGGUUGUGUGAACAUCCCUGGUUCCUAUUACUGCACCUGCCCGAGAGGUUUUGUUCUGCUGCCUGACAGGAAAACUUGUCAUGAGCUAAUUUCCUGUACAAGUAACAACACUGAAUGUAGCCAUGGUUGCCUUCAAACAUCUAAAGGGCCUGUUUGCUUUUGUCCUGAAGGAUCUGUACUCAAAAUGGAUGGCAAAACAUGCACGGGUUGUACAUCUCCAGAUAAUGGUGGCUGUAGCCAGAUAUGUUCUUCUUUAAGUCCGUCCUCCUGGGAGUGUGCUUGUUUUCCUGGAUAUAAGCUCCAGCGAGACAGAAAGCACUGCACUGCUAUAGGUCCCAAGCCAUUUUUGUUAUUUGCAAAUGGCCAAGAUAUCCGCCAGAUUAGUUUUGAUGGAAUGGAUUAUGCAAGUUUACUUGACUGGCAGAUGGGAAUAGUCUUAGCACUGGACUCUGACCCAGUGGAAAAUAAGAUUUACUUUGCCCACACUGCCUUGAAAUGGAUAGAACGAGCUAAUCUGGAUGGUUCAAAUCGUGAAAAAGUUAUUCAUGAAGCUAUAGAUAUACCCGAAGGCCUUGCUGUGGACUGGAUUAACCGUAAAUUGUAUUGGACAGACAGAGGGAAGGCAUGCAUUGAAAGGAGCAAUCUGAAUGGAAUGCAAAGAAAAAUGAUCAUCUGGGAGGAUAUCUCCCAGCCCCAAGGGAUUGCCGUUCACCCAUUUGCUAAGAGAUUAUUCUGGACUGACAUGGGGGUCAAUCCCCAGAUUGACAGCUCUUCAUUAGAAGGCAUUGAUCGCCAGGUUAUAGCCAGCACUGGUCUGGUGUGGCCCAGUGGAAUAGCUCUUGACUACUUAGCUGACAAGGUAUACUGGUGUGAUGCUAAGAAGUCCGUGGUUGAGAGUGCAAACCUGGAUGGUUCUGGUCGUCGAAUUCUUGCACAGAAUGAUGUAGGCCACCCUUUUGAUGUAGCAGUGUUCGAGGAUCAUCUUUGGUUUUCUGACUGGGCUAGGCCAUCACUAAUGAGGGUGGACAAGAAGACCGGCCAAAACAGGGUACGUCUUCGAGGCAGCAUGCUGAGACCAUCAUCAAUGGUUGUAGUUCAUCCUUUGGCGAAACCAGGGGCAAAUCCUUGCCUUUAUGAGAAUGGAGGCUGUGAUCAGAUCUGUGAAAACAAUUUUGGAGUUGCCCAUUGCAUGUGCCAUCCAGGAUUUGAGAAAACUCAAGAUGGAAAAACCUGUCAUGCUCUGGAUGCUUCCAACACAACAGCAGGAAGUGUCUCUGUGGACGAGGAGGUAGUGCCAGUGCCAAUGCCAGAGACCUUGCUCCAGAGAACAAAAACCAGUGGGAUAUUCAAGGAUACAGACAGUGGGGAAAGGCAGAACAUUGGCAUUUUUUUGAUGGCUGAAAUCAUGGUAUCAGAUCAAGAUGAUUGCUCAGCACUAGAAUGUUAUGCCAAUGCAGAGUGUGUUUUGCUGGAAGAUGGUGCUGCGUGCCAGUGUUUGAAAGGAUUUACCAGGAAGGGGAAAUCAUGCUAUGAUGUUGAUGAGUGUGCCUUAAAUAUGGACCACUGUAAUCGAAAUGUUUCAGUCUGUAUCAAUAUUGAAGGGGGCUACGUCUGUAAAUGCCUGGAGGGCUACAUUGGAGAUGGAGUCCAUUGCUACGAUAUUGAUGAGUGCAAGAUGGGGUCCCACACCUGUGGAGAGAAUGUAACCUGCACAAAUACAGAAGGAAACUUCACUUGCUCGUGUGCUGAUGGUGCUUCUAGAACUGGCAUCAGUUGCAAAUCUACUGCCACCCCCACUGUUGUCAGCAAUGAAUACUCUACAGUCCCUGUGCAAGGUGAUAUUGUAGGAUGUCCUCCUUCAUACGAGUCAUACUGCCUCCAUGGUGGAGCGUGCAACUAUGUUUCUGAUCUACAAGACUAUGCCUGCAACUGUGUGACAGGCUACGUUGGGGAGCGGUGCCAGUUCAGUGACCUGGAGUGGUGGGAACAGCAGCAUGCCGAGCGGGUGAAGAUGCGGAAUAUCACCAUCACCGUGUGCGUAGCAGGGCUGGUCCUCCUGCUCCUGCUGGGGUCCCUGGCUGCCUACUGCCACAGAUUUUGUUCUGUUGCAGAAGUCAAAACUUGUAUAAGAAGAAUCUCUAUGCAGAAGCGAUAAGAGAUGCCAGCAGCCAUGCUGACAAUGAGAACGUGACAGCUACUAGCAACAAGUCUCGGGUAACUAUAUUAAUGUGGAGUGGAGAGGGAAGCAGGAAGGAUCAAAGAGUGUUAGGGAUCCACUUGAGAUUAACUAUCAAAUAAUUCACAUCUUAAAUAUAUUAAAUAACUGCUAGAGUCAUCAAGUGCUUUGCUGUGAACCCUAGUUCAUCUUACCUCAUUGUUAUCCCUCAGAGUUCACAGCUGCCUGGAUGUAUUGCAACCAUUAGCCAGUGUUAUUGUUAGCUUUGAAAACAACAGUUGGGGAACUGUGUUCUAAAUUAAGGAAAUGGCAAUGUGAUGACAUGGCAUAUCACAGAGUUAUUUUCACAGGAAAGUAUGCCCUCCAUAAAAAAGGCUUCUUGGAAGCCAAGUAUGCGCUACAUGAAAUGUUGAACUUUAUUUUGGGGGCUGAUGAAAUUAGAUGUUUUUGUAUUAGAGGCUACUACUUUGUAAAGAAAAACAACCAGAAUGUUAUUGGGCAGUUUGGAAGGGAAUAUAAAAUACUAAUUUUUCACUGGUGUAGGUAGAAAUGCCAUCAUGAUCUGUUUGUACUGGCCUGUUUCUGUUGUCAUUUUUGGAGUUGCAUCAGAGAAUUUGGUCCCAUAAGAUCUGAUCUAAGGACCUGAUUCUCACUGGUAUUAAAAGGACAUUACACUGCUGGGUGGAUUGCAAUUGAAACUUGAAGUGUGCAAAGGUGAUGUAACUGGCAUAUGUGCCAGGCCUGAGACUCCUUUCUCAGAAUGGCAUGACUUACCCUGAGAGCUUGUCUGCACACACAUAUCGUUCAGCUCCGAAUAAGCUGCUGUAAUGCAGGUAUCACCAUACUUGUCCAGGUAUCAUCACAUUAGCAUAGACUCUCCAAAACAAGUACAGUUAUGCCCAUGGUUUAGAUAGUGUCUGGCAGGAUUUGUUAGUGCAUAGGCACUGAAACACAGUAUCAAACAUGUAUUAAGAAUACUGAAUUGACUUGACCCUGGUUAGGAUAUAUUGUUUCUUAGCUGGUCAACAGCAUACUCUUGUGGACCUUUAGCCACAGUUCCUCCAGGUAUUGGUCAUCAAAUGUGCUGAAUUGUGGCGAUGCCAUCAUUUGUUCACAGCAGAGACAAAAAACACAGCUUGCAAAAUAACUGAGGCUAGGAAAAUCAGAAACAUUUGUUGGGAAUGAGAACAGCUUGUUGCCUGGGAGCACUGCUCUAGGAGGCCUGCAGAUCAUCAGCUCUGUCCCCACCUGCUGUUGUCCCCCCGGUUAAUGCUAGUGGUCAAUGACAUUUUUGCUGAACAUAGGAGUAAUUAAGCAGCUAAGCAAUGGACUGAAUCAACAAAAAUAAAUCCAACCUACUCAUCUAUUACACACUUUUGUUAAAUUUCACCAUGCAUUCUUGCACUGGGAGACAUCAAAUACAUUAAUGAUGUAAUUUAUUGCAAAUGGCUUGUUGCAGGCUGGCAGAAGAAAUCACCGACUCUUGCUAAUUAUUGCUGCUUACACAUCAAUAGAUUCCUGUGGUUUCAUGCAUGUGAUUUUCUCUGUGCUGAUGUAGCCUUUGAGUGUUAAGUUCACUGGGACUUCAUGCAUGCAUGCACUCAGGAUAGAAACUGUUGAGUUGCCAAAAAGCAGCAGGAAGUUGUUCUUUUCUACUGUUCAUUUCAAGUGGAUUACUGGGGAGCUUUAAAAAAAAAAAAAAAAAGGGAGAUCAUGCUACAUCAGGGAUAGAAAACUCUAUAGCUCCUCAACUCUUAAGGUACUGAAAUAGAUUUUUGGGUGCUGUUGAUUUACCCAGCAUUAAUAAUCCUAAUGAAGGACUUCAUAUGGGGACUGGAUGAUGUGUAAAUAGCUGUAAAGAGCUCAUGAAACUCACUCAUUUUGUAACCCAAAUGCUCAUUUGUGAGGCUGCAGCGAGGGAGUGCAAGGAUUUCUUUGUUCUUGCCCAUCUAGGUUAAUGUAGUGGGUAAUGACCUUUUAUGCUAUCACGCAUACCAAAUGCUAGGUAUUGUGAUACUGAAACUAUACCUAUAAAUUGUCCAAGUGUCUUUCACUUUUUCCUUCUGUGCUUUCAGGUGAGGCUAUAUUUAGCUAACGGUAAGCCUGGGUAUUUUUUCACAUUCGUAUUAGAGUUGCAUAAGCCAGGCUAGGUUUGUCCUAGGGAUAUAUAAUUCUUGGUAAACUUCUGCACUUGUCUGAAUUUUGAUUCUAUCCUGAGAUGUUUCACCCAGCAAGGGUUCUGUUUUGCACAGUCAAAGAUAUUUUGCAGAACUGUGUGUAGCUGAAUCUCCUCUGGGGGUCUGUCACAUGUGGGUUAGCAGCUGUAAGACUACAGAUUUUAUGUAAAUGAACUGAAGCCUAAAUAGUCACACCUGCUACAUCUGUGAUCUAUCCACAUAAAUCCACCAAUUACCCACCUGGACCACUGAAUCUGUCAGUACUUCUGUUGGAACAUCUUAUUUAUAGAUGCUUCUUUUCUUCCCUGUCUCUGCUCUUUCAACAUCCCCUCUUUCCCUCUAUGCUAUUUCAGCAUAGUGCUUCACAUUGCUUUCCUCUACCUUUGAGUUUUUUUCUGUUUUCCUCCUGAUCUCUUCAACCUGAUCCCCCAGAGAGUCCUGUCUUCUGCUUUCGAGGAAUCGCUUCCACUGUCACCAUGGGAUGAUAGCACCGCACCCCACAGGUGGUGCUGAGAGCCAAAAAGCAUUUCCUUCCCUGUGCCUGACAGGGUUUCUUGCUGUCUGACUGCAGGUCUCUAACACAUUAAAAGCAGCCCUCAGUGCUAUGGAGAGGGUUGAUUUUCAUGAACUUUUGCUCUUACAUCUGGAAAGGUUGAUUUGCAAGGCAAGAAAAUGGUUGUUCUCUUUACUAGACUGGGACUCUGCACUUCCCAAAGAAAGACUGGGGCUGUCAUCAACUCAAAUGUUUAAUUAUCUGCACGGGAAGGGUCACCUCAGAAGCCAGGAUGACCUUUUUCCCUCUGUUGUGGUUAGAGUGUGUGGACCUUCUAGUUUGCCCCUUGGGUUUCAGAAAACCAGUUCAUUUUCUAUUAUUUAGGCUCUGUAUAUUUUGUGCAUAUUGUAUGCAUUUACAGUUUGCGGUUGUUAAGGAGUGUAACAGUUCUCUGGAGACUAGAGCGGUUGAUCUAAUUGAGUGUGAGACAGCAGAUCCUCAUCCUGCCUGUCCUUCAGAAUAUGGUGAGUAGGAUUUCCUUCCUUAUUAGAUCUCUCCUCAACUUUGUACCAGCAGGAGCAGUGGCUGAUAGAGGAGACAGCGAAAUCAAAAUUAUAUUUCUGGCCUGUUUAAAGCUGCUAUGCACAGCAGAAACUAUGUUUAUAUUGCUGUGAAGAGGCCAUUCAAUCCUUCAUUUUGCAGAUUAUUCAUGAGAAAUUACACUACAACAGUGCUUUCACACUCUUAAGAGGACAGAUGCUUCUUGGGAUAGUAAUAAUAUAUUUUUGCACUUAUACAGAACUUCACAGGUUUGCUUCAUAGCAAGUUAUCCCCAUCAUACUGGUGGGGAAUGUACAUCUGUGGAAUGACAUACUUUGACUUGCUCUUAUUCAUUCAUUCAGGCAGGAUUACUGAAAUGGUGUGAGGACUCCAGGUCUGCCCAGAAACCUUUUGCCCUGCAGCAGCAACUACAGUUCUGCUUUUUGUGUUAAACAAAGUGUUUGUCUGCUUAGGGAUUGUUUGGUGCUUAAAAAAAGAGGAGAUGAAUAACAGAGAUGUACCUCCCAUCCCUGGUGCAAAGGUAGCAGGCAGCACAGAGGUACACAACAGGAUUCCAUUGUCCACAGGUUACCUGCUGGACCACUCUGAGUUUUAGGAAAUGCUGCCUUAUAGAUGGCAACUGAAUCUCCUAAUUGCUCAGAUCACGAGAACGAAUGGAGAAAGACUGAUAUCCUUAAGCAUGUGUCUUAUUUACCAUAUAUACCUCUCAACUACAGAAGUCAGGAACUGGAGAAUCAAGGUUGCAUCAGUAAUUUAAAAAUAUGCAAAGAUAGAUGUUUGAGAAUACUGAAAUGGACAGGCAUCUUGCAAGAUGUUCAAAAUUGCCCAUCCUGUCUUUAGAAGUCACUAUAUUCAUCAGUAGAAAAUAUGCUUUGCAUUUACUUGGUUGGAUUAAUAUUGUGAACAUGUGUAGAACUGUAUUGUCCAGUGAUGGAAGUCUGAUGUUUCCCAUUAGGAGGCUCUGUUUUCAUUUAUAGUUUUAUCAGAUGCGUUAUUGGAAUAGAAAUUUCCCAUGACAGGUGUCCAAUUUUUUCCUAAUUGAAAAUUGGAAAAGUGGUUCAACCAUUUUAGACUCAAGACUGAUAAAUAAUCUGAUGUCUUUUCUAACAUGUUAAAGAAAGUUCUUAUACCAUGAGUGAAUAAUUCUAAGUUCUUUAGACUUUGGAGCAGGGGCUUUAUUUUUGCCAGGCAGGUGAGUCUUCUUGUCACAGGCAUGCUUUUUUGUAUUCUUAGGUAUUAAAAGAUUUAAACAUGAAAUAUGUGUAGGAAAUUUCUGAAAAUCUGAAACAAGGUCUUGACUUUGCGUGUUUUUUUGUUCUUUUGACAUGAGUUGGUUUUGUAAUUAACAGAAUCCAAUUCUGUGUUUCCUGUCAUAGAUUUCCUCUUUCAAAGCUACUAUUAUCUUUCUUUUAGCAUAGUUGUUGUGAAGCUUUUCAAAUGGCUUUUAGUAAUACAUAUGCAUUUUUUCCAGUGGAAGAACAGCCUAUAACAUAUGACAAAGCAGCAGAGACUUUGGCAGAAGAGGAGAAAGAACAAGGUUGUCACCAAGAGGUUCCUGUUGGUGAGAAAUCACAUCAGCCCAUAGGACCAGAAAGGGACUCUCCUCAGGCUCCCUGGAGUAUCCACCCGAAGCCCCUGCUGGAAAGGGAGCCCUGUGAGCUUGCCACAGCAAGCCUGCUGAUGCAGCCAGACUAGAAGCAGCCUGGGUCUGAGUGGGAAAAGGAGGAAGGAUGAAGUCAAUAGAGAAUGGAAACUCAUUAAACACUGAAGCAACCCUUUUUUUUUUGUUCAAAUCUGCUUUAGGAAAAAAACAGACGACAACCCACAAAUCAUAACAGAACAGAGAAGUCCUUGCCACUCCUUCCCUGUCACCUCUGCUUGGAAGAAUUACUGUGAGCAACGUAUUAGCAAUGAGUACUCUAUUAACUAUCACUUUAAGGGCCACUGCUGCUAACUUCAUUAGCUGUCUGCUAAAAGGACACUGAUGGGAAAACUGACAAGUGGGUGGCAUUUCAAAGUAUUUUCUAAUGGAGUUUGUUGCACGUAGUGGACUUUGCACAUACACAGAGUCCAGAAAUUGCCUAGAUAACGGUCCACAAGGACAACUGCAGAGAAACUAGAAUGGAAGAUGAUGCAGGAAAAUAAGUUAAAAAAGAAUCUUUAUUACAAUAUUGUUCAUGGACACUGUAAGCCUCCUCCAGUUCUGUUUUCAGGCCAGUGUAACUUCUUGGACUUCACCAGAGAUAUUCUUGGAUCCUCUUCUCUAAGUGAGCACCAAAUGGGAUCUUGUAUUUCUCAGGUUUGGUGGGCUGGAGGAUUGUUUGUGAGCAUAUGAUGUUAAUGGCGGUCAUGUCUAUGAAGUGAGAGGUAACAUUUGAGGGGAAAGGUGAUUCUUCCAUUUAAUUUUCCAGUCCAUACUGGUCCUUUAGAGCAUUUCAGGAUUGUUUCUGGGCUGAGGCAGUGGGCCUGAGUCUGCUUGCAGCCCUGCAAGGAAACAUGCUGGAGCUGUCCUUGCCUCAGAGAAGUGUGUCUGGCAGCAAGCCCCGGUACAUUGUAUAGGGCUUAGUGUGGGGAAAGAAAUGCAGCCAGUUGCUGGUCCAACAGAACAGGAGGAGUAGGACAAACAGAAAAACACCUCACUUUGGACUGACUUCCACCUAACUGUUUUGUGCUGCCAGAUAAAAUCCAUGGGAACAACUGGAAAACAACGCCAAUUUUUCUUGUAACUGGCUUUCUAACAGCUACAGUUCCCUCCCAGUUAUUUAGUAAGAACUAACUUAUAAAGCUCUGUUAUAUACAGGAUUGUGGCUUAACUGUUUAUUGUAUCAAGUGAUUUUCACCACUGGUCUUGACUUUCUAAGUCUAUUUUCAGAAUAUUUUGGAAGAUAUCUGGAAAUCAGUUAGAUUACUAACUAUAAUUUCAUUGUAGGGGAUCUUUCAGUCCUCUGUCUUUGAAGCCUCCUACUGUAGCUAUCAGACAUCUUCUUUAAACUUCACUACAGGUGCCCACCAUUAAUGUUCCUUGUAAGUCAUUAGCUGGAUAAUAGUGGCAAAUGUUAUUAAUCUGUUUGUUUACCACACAAUUCUUUUGUUGUUUUUUUUAGAGUUUUUUUAGAGCCAGGAAGGUAUGGGAUGUAUGGGAUGUUGUCAUUUGCUUACCAGCUCUGUAGACCAGGAUGGGCAAGACUAUUGAAAGGUUCUUACCUCUUGUCCAAAACAGUUACACACUUGAGGAACUUUGUAGAGUCAGUACUGAUUUGUUUUAGCGAAAACGGCAAGAACAUUGAGCCCAAGGUGUCCGAAUUACAAAAAUUAUAAUGCUCUGUUGUGUAGAGUUGUUACUUAUUAAUCUUCUAGAAUUAUUUUUGCCGGUGGUUCUGAAUUGCUGAGUCUGUUUUCUAGUCAAUUCAGUUCUGAUUUCAGAAUAAACUUGUAAAGUUGGCAUUGCUGGAGGUUAUUUUGAAUUAGUAGCAAUGAAGAUUUAUUUCCCUGUUCAUUGAAGGGGGGUUAUACUAGAUGACCUUUUAAGGUCCCUUCCAACCCAAACUAUUCUAUGAUUCUAUAAUAAGAUGCAUUCUAUUGUGUGAAUGGCAACAAGGGUACUUCCAUGGAAAAAGAAGUGAUUCAGGAGAGUUGGCAUACUAACCUGUGUUCAGGAGAAGGCAGAACCAUUGGUAUUUGGUAGAUUUGAUCUUAAGUUCAGUAUAAUAAUACUAAUUUCAUUAACAUUGUUGAAAGCUUCUAGUGUGGAUUUCUUGGUCUUUCACAGUUCAUGACUGAUCUUGUGUGUUUUGACGGGAAGAGAGACCAGCUAUAAAGAUCCUGAUUCAGUAAAGCAUUUUAUUCCCAUGAGAGCUAGACAGUAACAUUACUUUGAUCCCUGCACUCUGAUUAUCUGUGGUGAAAUAUAAUUUUUUGCUUAAAAUCGAAGUAUGGUGUUGAAUGACAGUCAAACAUUUAAUUGGAAGUUUCCCUGAUCAAAAGAAAUAAAGGUUUGUAACUUUGAAUCUGGUCUAAACAAAGAUGUUUCAGACUCCUUACAAAUUAGUUUCAUAUCCUACUCCAUGUUUUGUUUACUUUGCUUUCCUUCUGUCUAAGGAUCUAAUUUUAAUUUUGAUAGUAUUCUUUACAGAAUAAGAUAGGAAAAAUCAAGGUGAUAUGUUUUUGUAAUUAGAGUGCUUUGAGUUUUAAACAUUUCCUAAACUCAGCUUUAAACUCAAAAUAGUCUUUAGUGUAAAACCUUGAAAUGAUAU